CUCCGUCCCACCACCGCGUGCCCGAUGCCGCUGCGCCGCUGCCGGCAGUCGCGCUUAGCCCUCAUGCUCGCGUUGGACAGGCGACGUCGACAGCGCAGCGUGCUCCGAGGGCUGCCGCUACGUCGCCUGGGAACAUGCCGGUCGUCGUCCACGCGCCCCGCUCAGGCUGCUCGUGCGAGAGCGCUGCGAUCCGGCUGCGCCUCGCACUGGUGCUGGAGCUGCCCUUCGCGCUUGCCGCCGCCGCGAGCGUCUCGCAGCACCUGUGAGGCAACCUGAGCAUGCUCCAGCCUCACUGUCCCAGCCUCACAGGCGUCUCGAAUGGCCGGCCCGAGGCGCAUACUCAACUUUCGCGGCUUGUAGUGCGGCAGUACAACGGCGGCGGGCGCGGGUUGUAAUCGGAAAUGUGGACGGCACGUGCUGCACGCUCAUGGCGCUGCCUCCUUCCCGCCUCUCGCACACGACACUCCCGCAGCUGCCCACCAUGGUCCGCGGCGCAGCCAAGGCUCAAGCGCAGGCAAAGGCGGCGAAGAACGCGCCCAAGGAGGCCAAGUCGACGAUCCCCGGGCGCGCCGCCGCGCUGAAGCUGACGUGCCACAUCUGCCGCACGCCGGCGCCGAGCUACAAGACGCUCGUCAUCCACUACGAGGCCAAGCACCCAAAGGAGACGGUGCCGUCAGAGGCCUCGCUCACGAGCUAGCGCAGCAGGAAGAGCUGCGGCGAGGAGGGGGCGGCGAGGGGUCACAGGCAACCAUAGAGCUUCGCAG